GUCAAUCUAUUUCGCACUUUUUUUAUAAAGAUGUCUAGUGAGGAACGUUUAUAUUAUGUCGUGUCUCAAAUAGCGAAGAGUCUGGAAUUAAAGAAUUAUAAAUAUACAAGAAGUGGCAUCGACGAAAAUAUUGAAAAUUAUUUAGGUGAAUUAGUAUUUGUUACGAUAAACGGUGAAACGAAUGAUGGGGAAAUUAAAAAGGAUAUUGUUGUGAAAUUCGCACCGAAUAAUACAUCGCUUAGAGAAUCGGGAGCUCUUGAAGUGGUUUAUAGUGUUGAGGCAGCUGUAUACACAGUUUUAUUGCCAUAUUUUAGAAGAUUAUCGAAAUUUGAUACAAGAGAAUUGUUCCCGGAAUGUUUGUUCACAGAUUGCACACAAUAUAAAGAAGUUCUAGCAGUAUCGAACAUGUGUAGCAAUGGAUACCGUAGGCAUAUUGAUAAUAAAUUUCUUGAUAUAGACCAUAUGAUAGUUUCUUUAAAAUCAUUAGCAAAAUUUCACGCCCUUUCAAUGGUACUGAAAAAUAAUAUUAAAGAAGAAGAUUGGAAUAAUUUGUUGCCAAAUUGUUUUGAUUAUCCACCGAAAUAUACAACUUCUUUGAGGUUAUCUUGGCAAGGUAAUUUGGAUAAAUUGUUAGACACGAAACGUGAUAUAUUUAGCAAGAUAGAUGCUAAUUUUGAUGACGUCAUCAUUAAUAAUAUAAAAGAUGCAAAAUGUUUAAUAUACGCGCAUGGAGACUAUUGGAAAGAAAAUAUUUUAUUUAAAUAUGAAGACGACAAACCAGUUAAAUCGUGCAUAUUGGACUUCCAAUUGACUCGUUUUUUAUCACCCGCUCAGGACUUUCUCUGUUUCGUAUUUACUAGUUUCGAUUGCAAACUUAGGAGACAGUAUUACGAACUAUUUAUAUCAACAUAUUAUGAUUGUUUGAAAGAAACUUUAUUAGAACAUGGCUUGAAUGUCGACGACUUUUAUUCUAGACACGAUUUAAAUCAUGAUUUUAAAGCAGUAGCUCCAUAUUGCAUAAUUUAUGCUAAUUUAUCAUUCUCUUUAUGGCUUGAUCUGGAAAAAUAUUCGUUUGUAAAAAGCAAAAAUAUCAAUUCAGAAGAGAAUUCAAAUAUUUUACAAUAUAAAGAUAUUAUGCUUGGGAUUGUAGAAGAUUUUCUACAAUUAGGCUAUAUGUAAUUCAAAACUGGCCGUUAAUUUUAAAUUGUUCGUUUUUUAAUACAUUUUAAAUUAAAAAGCAAUAGU